AGUUGGAUUCUCUCUCUACAACUUGGAAUACCACUUAUCUCUCUAGAGCAUAUCCGCGUGUGCGCAUGUGCAGGUUGAACAAGGAAACAACAUGAAGUUCUAGGAUCAAAACUCUAAUGAGGUGAUUAUCAUAAAGAAGUGACAAAUAAAUAAAUUCAUCCGACCAACGGGUCGAGCAAAAGCUAGUACUGUAUAAACCAGUUGGUCCUAAUAAAUCGAGUUGUUGGGAGAAAGUUAUGCUGGAUCUUAUAGCACUCUCUAACACGCCCCCUCAAACGAAGCCAACCUACGGGCUUGAAGUUUGCACAUGCCCACCAUACCUUGUGCUUUAAUUAAGUGUUAUAUUGGGGAUCUUGGAGAUUCGAACACACGACCACUUGGCCAAACCAGUUCUGAUACCAUGUCAUAAACCAAUUGUCCCAAUAACCCGAGUUGUUGGGAGAAGAUUAUGCUGGAUCUCAUAGCACUCUCUAACAAAUACAAUAUAGUCGAUCCGCUUUGAGGUCAAAAUCAGAUGGAUCUAUUUUUGGGUACGAUCCUCAAAAAAUGUCCCGUACUAAUUUGGCUAGCUCGACACUAAUGUACGAAGGUCUCUUUCCUUAUAUUCCUGAUGUGUUACUUGGAUUGUAACAAAUAACAUUCUCCUCAAUACAAGGACCACAAAUUCUGUAUCUUCCCCUCAACAAUAUAAUUGUCUUGAUCCACCAAACACUUUGCAGCACAGACUUUGUUCGACACAAAAAUUUACCAGAUGCAUAUCUACAUCAAUACACGAAACAAAGACGAAUAUCCUUUGAUUUACUAAUAAGCAAACGCUGAUCUCCACUUCACCUGCCAAUAGGGGUGGCUAUACGGUCCGGUCCGGUUAGAUUGACCCGAAUUGAUCCGGUACUAGUCCGGUCUUUUCAGGAAUAUAAGGACCAAAGAUUGGAUUGGAUACAGUCCGAUCUUGACCCGGUCCGGUCCCAAUUUGGUCUUGAUUUUAGAUUGACCUUGUGGGGAUUUGAGUGGCCUGAGACAUCAAAGGGUGAGGAGUUGUUUAAAUUUUGGGUGUUUGGGUCUCUUAUCUGGUUUUCGAUCCGGUCUCAAACGAUUUUUUACCUCAAAUCUAAGCCCGAAUAUGAGAUUGAAUUGUUUGCUAUCUGAUCCCAAUCCAGAUUAUACGGUCCGGUUUCGGGUAAAACCAAAUAGUCCGGACCAAAUAGCCAGCCCUACCUGUCAAACGGACACAAAUGAUCUACUCGAUCCGUCAUGCAAAAGCGAACCUCAAAUCCCGAGGCCUCUGAAAUGAGAUUCCACCAAACCUCAUUAUUCGAAAGAAAAGAAAAAAACAGUCUUUUCACUUUUCAGCUUUAUGAUCACGUAUUGACGAUGAACCCAGCGAGAGGGCAGAUAGCGGCUGUUUCCGGAUCCGAGAGAAUAACAUCCCCAGCUCCAUGCGCCGUUUCAAAACAGAGAGUGGUGUUUUCGGCUGCAGAUGAUGAGUUUCAAAUUUUACUAGAAAUCAAUAUUUUUCGUUACUAUAGCUUCAUCAACAGUUCGUUUCGACACCACACGUUUAACGGCCGCACUGUCCUCUCUGGAUUCAUUUGUAUGUUUGCAUCCGAAAUGGGGAACAGUUCAGCGGGAAGAAAUCCUGAUGCAUGGCGGCUUGCAGGUGUGAACAAUUUUUUGCUCCAAACUGACCAGAGCUGGGAAAUGGAUGCCGCCAGCAGACGAAGCUGCCAUUUUGUGGCAUUAAUUAUUCUGAUCAGCAUUUCCCCCAUCCUCUGCUUCGCCGGCGGAGCCAGCAAGAAGUGCGACGUCUUCAGCGGGAGCUGGGUUUUCGACCAGUCCUACCCUACUUCCGACUACUCUGCCACGUGUCCUUUCCUAAGGUCGGAAUUCGACUGCCAAAAGUACGGCCGACCCGACCGCCACUACCUUAACUACAGGUGGCAACCCUCCUGUUGCAACCUGCCCAGAUUCAAUGGGGUUCGGUUCCUGGAGAAGAUGAGAGGGAAGCAGAUCAUGUUCGUGGGCGACUCUGUCAUCUUGAAUCAGUACAACUCCUUGAUCUGCCUUCUUCAUGCUGCUGUCCCCAAUUCCAACAUUUCCGCUCCCUACCAAACGCAUUACGUCACUUUUCAAGACUAUGAAGUCACAGCAAUGGGAAAGGGUAGGUGGGAUUUUGUCCAAGAUGGUAACACAAUCGUGAAGGACAUGGACAGGACAACUGCCAUGGCCAAAGCUUUGGCAACGUGGGGACGAUGGGUAGACUCAGCGGUCAACACUACAAAGACUAGAGUGUUCUUCGAGGGGAUUUUCCCCACUCAUUACCGUGGGAUCGAGUGGGGGAAGCCGGCACUUAGGGACUGCUCCCGGGAGACGGUACCGGUGGCCGGUUCCAGAUAUCCGGGAGGUCUGCCGUCGAUCGCCGGAGUGGUGGAAGGAGAGCUGAGGAAGGUGAAGAGGAACAAACAUGUUCAUUUCCUGAAUGUGACGACUCUUUCCCAUCUUAGGAUAGAUGGGCAUCCGGCGACCUACAAUGGCGCCGGCGGCGGAAUGGAUUGUUUGCACUGGUGUGUCGCCGGGGUCCCCGAUACCUGGAAUCAGCUGUUGUUCCUCUUUUUAUUAGCUUGAGAAUGCAAGACUUUGAGUAUGUUGUUUAGAAUAAAGUACUUGUUUCUAUUCACAUUGGAAGGAAAAGGAAUUGGAUAUUGGGGCAUGCAUGCACGAGAGCAACAAAUGUUACAAAUAUGUACUAGUAAGUUUAGCUUAUAUUAUUGAUCAUACCUUUCACCCCACACUCAAGGUCUUUGCAACCCUUAACCAUUGACUGACUCAAAUCCGUCAAAAACUCAAAUAGCAACACUCAAUUUCGAUCGUCGGUAGUGGGUGGUUAGCAACUUAUGGUGCAACAAUUAUUAGGAGAAUCUAACCACAUCAGUGAGGUGCAUAUCUCGUGAGGACAAUCUGGCUUACUCACACCAAUCAUAAGCAAUUAAUUAAGCAAGAGUCUCAAAAACUAAUGGGGGAAGCCUUUCGCAAACAUGAUUUUAUCUUUAAGCACAUCACUACCUUUUAUGACAAGGAGAGGCUUUCUCUCUUUCUGCUUUUGCUUGCCGAGAGGUCGUAUUUAGUACAAGUGAGAUUUGUUUCUUACUACCGGUGACCGAGCAAGAGCAAUUUCUGCUUCUUAGCACUCGCAUAAGGGCUUCUUUUAACUCCUUAUCCUCGGUCCGUGUGGAGGGUCAUUUCACAUCCUCUAAUGGCACUUCACUCAACUGGGGAUCGUACUUGAUAAGCAACAUCGUACGGUCGCGAACCGAUUCUCAAUUGAAUCUUUCCUCAUCCCCAUGUGCAAUGAGUGAUUGCCUCACACGAUUUUGGCAUUUUUACCCACACUUUAAUUGUUAUGGCAACUUUCUUAUAUUUUACUUGUCAGGUAGUGUUUUCUCAUUUAUAAAGAUACAGUUCACCCCAUCAUAAAACCAUCAAAACAGAGAGACUCGUUGCAAAAUCAAAAGCUCACAAUUGAUGCAAGUAAGCACGAUAUCCAAACAUAUCGAAUGGUCAAUGUUCUCCACCUAACUACUUCACCAAAAGUCGUUACACUAUCCUCACAAAAGAGAAUGUUGCUAAAAGAGUAGCUCAUUCCAAGCAUAUCAAGUCAGUCAAAACAUUUAAGCUCAUUGUGAAGAACCAUGCAAUUCAACACUAGUGGGGUGAUUUCGAUGAUUUCCUUCAAGCACAAACUCAUUUCACACGCAUCACAAUCAUUUACAUCAUGUUAUCACAAGAGUACAAGGUUUUGUUUUUAAUUUUUUUGAUUUUUAGGUGUAUUUUAGCCAUUAGCUUUGCACAGGCAGCAUGCUUUUUGGCAAACUGCAUGCAGUUUGGCUGUGCAUAGCCAAAUGACAGUUUUUUUUUUGGUUUUUUUUUACCACAUGCAACAGGGACAAACAACACUAAGACUCACCAAUGGCAAUUUUUUUUUGGAUUUUUUUUUAACCGACCACAUGACAAAAGGAACAAACAAACACUAAGACUCGCCACCCCACACUCAGGAUGGAACAUUGUCCCUAAUGUUCAACUCCUAAUCUAAACAUGCACGGGUUUGACACAACUAAAAAAGAAAAAUAAAGAAAAGAAAACUUACCUUGGGUUGCCUCCCAAGAAGCGCUUGUUUAACGUCCUCAGCCUGACGUUCAUGGAGCUUUCAACCAAUGGGUAUGGAAAGGUAUCCAGAAUACCCUCCCGGGCAAUGAUAUAACGCAUACCCUCCAUCCAACAUAUGAGUCACCUCUGCAGGGCCAGGUGUAGGGGUGGGCAAAGGGAAACGGGUAUUUGGGUAUACCCGUACCCGUCCCGUUUUUUAAGGGUUACGGGUACCCAUAUUACCCGUAAUAUUAUAAACAGAUGGGACUUGG